GAAUCUCAACAAAGACAUGUUUCAGGAUUAAUGAUCUGUCGAAAUGGAUGAAGAAGGUUAUGAAGAAGCACUGAAUGACCCUGGUGAUGCAACUGAAGAGCCUGAUGACAUUCCCUUUGAAUCAUCUCACAGUGAAUUCAUUGAUCCUGACAUAAUUGCAACAAUAGCUGCUUUAGGUUCAUAUGAGGGCAAACAGUAUAUCAAAGGAGAAGAAUGUGCUAUUUGUAUCAGUGACCUCAUUAAGUUUCUAAGGAUUGAGGAUAGAAAAACCUGUGAUGUAAGACGUCAGCUUGCUCAAACAAUGGUUAUGGAGAAAGACCUCCUACCUAUAUUGACAACGUAUUUUGAGGAUCAGGAUAUUGUUGAGGUCAUGAUGCGUCUAUUAGUCAACUUAACAAUGCCUGUAUUACUCUGUUUUGAAAAAGAAGACAAACCUAAAAAGGACAAGCUUAUUGAAAAACUUCAUUUAGAAGUCAACAACUAUCUGAGAUCUUAUAAAGCUCAGUUUGUUAUGUCCAAUGCUAUGAAGGUUUUUAGCAGCCAGUUAGGUAAUUUGUUAGAACUCGGAAAAGCCAACAGAACAGAUGAUGACGAUUUGAUGUUGGAAAGACUUUUGAUUAUUAUCAGGAACAUUCUUCAUGUUCCUGCAGAUUCAUACGAGGAUGAGCAACUUCAAAAUUCACUGUCAGUUCACGACAAGCUUGUUUUGUCUAUUGUUGAGUAUGGUGUAGCAGACCUUCUAUUUUAUCUCUGUGGAAACAGGGAUGAGGAGCAACACUGCCUUCUCUCCAUGGAGAUAAUAUCACUAAUCUUCCGUGAUUUUGAUGCAGCCACUUUAGCUAGCCAAAAUACCAAUUUUGAUAGUUUCAAGAUUGACAAAGAAUUGGAACAACUAAAAAUGAAGGAAGACCUACAAAAGCAGAAAAAACUGACUAUGAAAAACUCUCGGCAUUCUCGUUUUGGUGGUACAUUUGUGGUUCAAGGUAAGAAAUCGAUAACUGAAAAGGACUUGAUCUACCACAAGAAUAUAAAGAAGAUCAAAGAUUUAUCAUUUGAUGAUGAGAAAACUAUUAGAAGACACACUCGACUUGAUGCUAUAGCUGAAGAUACUGUAAGUAAAAGACUUUCAACUGCUCAAACUAGAAACUGUUUGAAGGAACUUGCCAAAAAAUUCUUGGAUGUCUGCUAUAAUCCUCUGAUGAAGAAAGCAAAAUCAUUCCUCUGUAGAGGCCAGAGCACUGCAGAUUGUGAUGAAUCGUUUUACCUUUGGGCCUGUUGUUUCUUUAUGGAGUUCAACAGAAUUGUGGGUUUCAAGUUGGAACUGGUGGCAGAAACUUUGAGUUCAGACACCUUUUCCUAUAUUUUGCAAAUCAUUUUUAAGUUUCAUGAAGAAAUAAAAGGUUACAGCUCUAGAAUGGCUCAUAAAAUGAAACUUUGGGCAAAGCGACUUCAUUUUGCCGUUAAGGCAUACAGGGAAAUGCUUGAAAAUUUGAGUCUCAUGCAAGUGUCUAAAGACUCAAAAAUCAAGAACAUCUCAGGUGUGAUUCAAAACAUAAUAUUCUAUCAGCAAGAAUAUAGGGAAUUGCCAACAAUGCUAUUAAAGCAAUUUCAGAGGUCCUUUUUUACUAAAUCAUAUCUCACUGAUCUUAUUGAAUGCACCCAUCUCUAUAUCAGAAUGCUUGAUGCAUACACUAAAAGCAAUACACUGAUUGUGCAACAAACCAAAAAAGCUGCCAAAAAGAAAAAGAAACCAGCAAAGAAGAAGAAGAAUUUACUUUCCGACAGGGAAAUGCAAGAAAUGUGGGAUGGAGACAUUGAAAAUGAGGUUCUUAAAAUCAUGUCGUCAGCCAGCAUCUCUACCAGCAAUGUCCGACCAUUUGAUGCGUCUUCUGAUCACUCUAUGGAGCAGCAAAGAGUGUUGUGUAAACACAACAUUCAGGACCUCCUGAAGUCAGGUUCAUUUGAUGAAGCAGUUGCCCUCUAUAAAGCAGCUCAAGAAGUUUGGCCAAGUUCUCCUUCCUUUGGGAUGCCAGAUAUGGCCAUCAUUGAUGAGGUUAAUGUUGUAAAAUCUAUCUUUUUGUCUAAAGAGGAAAUACCUGAAAUGAUGUCUGCAGACACAUUUUCUAAAGAUAAUGAUGAUCCUAAGGAAACUGAAAUGCAUGCUACUGAGUUACAUCAUGUGAGUGAACACAAAUUUCAGAAUAAUGAUUAUUUGAUGCUGUAUGCACGUCCUCAGAUAGUGAAGUGUUACUGUUAUUUGCUCCAGUUCUUUGAAACCAACCCACCGUCAGCUAAUCAUGCCACUGUAAAAAUGCUCUAUCGUAUGGCCAGCAAAAUUGCUAUGGGCUCUCUAAUGUAUCAGAUUUCGUUUUUCGUUACCCUGAAAAAAAUCUUAUCUGCACCCAAGAUCGACAGCUACAAAGAUCUUCAGAAGUUUGCAACUUUUCUAAUUCGGAAAUAUGUGCAAGCUUUGAAGGAGUCUCCAUUGAUCUGUCUGGAUGCAGUAUUUUGGAAAACACCAGAUGAUGUACUUGCCAUUGACAGCGGCUACAACCCAGAGAAACUUAUGCCACAACAAAAAGUUGUAUGGAGCGCACAGGAAGAGGAAGAAGUGAAAUCAUUAUUUGAGAAGUGGCUUGAUAAGGCCAGAGCUAUUGAUCUUUGUGAUAUGAUUGCUCAAGACAUGACUACCAGUACAGACAAACAGAGGAUGGAUGUUAAAAAGAAAAUCAUCGAAUUAGGGUUGGUAGGUGAAGAAAAUUCUGACAUAUUAAAGAAGAAGCCAAAGAAUAAGGUAGAAUGGUUGCCUGACGAAAAAGAAGCAUUGACAAAGUUAUACGAAGAAUAUAAAUAUGAAAGAGAUCCUGUAGCUUUGAUUCAAGAAAAGCUGGACACAAAAUCUAGGAAAAAGAUCAUUAAAGAACUAGAAUCCUUAUUAGGCAUCAAGAAAUCUAGCCUCGAUGUCAAUCGCAGCAUCUGGACAAAGGAUGAUGAUGAAGAGUUGAAGAUCUUGUAUGAGCACAAAAGUGAAGGUCAUACUGGAGAUGCACUUUUGGAAGUUAUCCAAGAUAACAUCCCAAAGCAUAGGACAAUAAAAGAAAUCAAGGAUGCGCUUGUCAGAUUGAGAUUACGAAGAGAUGAAAACAGUUCUGAUCAUUUCUGGACUAAAGCUGAGAUUAAUGUUCUAACCAAACAUGAUUCUCUGAGUUCUAAAAAGGAUAUGAUUCUGAAAAUCAAAUCAGAAUUGCCACACAUAGAUACAAGUUCUAUAAUUCAACAACUAGUAAGAAUGAAGAAAAUAGGGACUGUGGAGGGUGCUGAUCUUUACAUUGAGAUCGACGACAUGUACUCAGAUGAGGAGGGCGAAGAGUCUGAAGAAGAAAUAGAAGAGGAGUUUGACUUCUUCGAAUUUCCCAGAUAUGUAAAGAAUCUACAACCUGAAAUGCCAUUAAAGUGGAUAGCUGGUAUUUGUCAAAGUGUUAUGGAUAACCGAGAAGACUUGUUGGAUUACGAUACUGUUUUCAUAAUCCCAAGAGAGGAAGAUCAUCAUGAGGCAAUGAAGAACAAUUCCUUCCAAGACAUGUUGAAAUGUUUGGGGGCUGUACCUCCACUGAGCUCCUAUGAAACAUACUGGAAGAUAACCAGUGAUGUCAGUGACAAUAUAUUGAGAAGGGCAGUGUCUUUGUUACAGGGAGAUGUUGACUAUUCUGACAGUGACCAAUCCAAUGAUAGCCUUCAUGAAAUCAAGCCACAAAACAAGUCACAGUUGAACUUCUCUCACAAAGAUGAUAGUUCUGAUGAAGAUGAUAUGGAUGCAUUCUUUAAUAAGAUGAGGAGUCAAAACCAACCUUCAAAAUCUAAAAAAAGGUCGUCUUCUGGUGAUGAAAUGUCAAGCUCUGCUCCGAAAUCCACUAACACGUCCAGGAAAUUGAGUGGUUCAGAUGAUGAGCUUCCAAAGUUUGAUGAUAAUGAAGAUAAUGACACGAGUGACAAGGAAAACAGCCCCAAGUCUGCAAAUUCUUCAGCUAAACGUAAGCAGGGUCUGAUCAGUGACUCUGGUUCCGAUUCAGAUGCUCAGGGGCUGGUUUCGGCUAAGAAGAAGAAGAGUGCUGUUAUUAAUUUUAGUGACUCAGAUGAUUGAAUAAUAUACUUGUGGUAUUCAGAAUCUUUUUAACUCCCUUUUAAAUUUUUGUUAAGCGUGAUUUGACUAUUUAACAAUUCCAUCUCCUUGACAAUGUGUAGUUACGGUAUAAUAUCAUUCCUAUCAUUAAAUGAUAUGAGACCCACUUAGCUGAGAACUCGAUCAACCCAGACUCGCUCAGAUUUACCAAAAUACACUUAAUCAAGGACAACCUUCAAGACAAGGUGCCAUUUUAAAGACAUGAUGUUUAUACUUUAUUUAUUUCAAUUUAUUGUAUGAAUUGCUUGUAAUUAUUAUCAAUUUAUGUUUAUUUACCAAAUCUAA